AUGACUGUGCUUCCUUCUUUCCGCCGUAUUGCCCUUGUCACCGGUGCUUCGCGAGGUAUCGGGCGCAGCAUUGCUCUUCGGUUAGCGGACGAUGGUCUCGAUGUGGCGGUCAACGACCGUGCUUCGCAGCGUCUUCAACUGAACCAUGUCGUCUCGGAGAUCGAAGCCAAAGGCGGACGAGCCCUUGCCGUUUGCGCAGAUGUAACUUCGGAAAAUGAGGUGCAAGAAUUGAUUGGCCGAACCGCGCAGGAAAUGGGCGGACUGGAUGUGAUGGUCGCGAAUGCGGGAAUCAUUAUCGCCAGAUCCUUGUUAGAUACACCCGCCGAGGAGUGGGAUAACGUUAUGGCGGUCAACCUUCGAGGAGUCAUGCUGUCAUACAAGUAUGCGGCGAAGCAGAUGAUCAAACAAGGAAGAGGAGGGAGGAUCAUAGGUGCGUCGUCAUUGGCGGGCAAACGAGGCAACACGAACCUCUCUGCAUAUGCGGCCACCAAAUUUGGAGUUCGAGGGCUGACACAGGCACUAACCAGAACGACAGCAUUGGAGUUGGCCCAGCACAACAUCACCGUCAACACGUAUGCCCCAGGACUUAUCGCCACCCCCAUGAGCAAGUAUUCCCUUCUCUUUCAACAUCCAGACGAUGGAGAUCAGCCUGCGCGCCUGUUCAAGGAGCUCGUAAACGCCCCGGGUAUGGUCGUAUCUGGGCCUGAGGUCGUUGCGAGCUUGGUCUCGUAUCUUGCCAAGCCGGAAUCGUCUUUCAUCACAGAAUUUGAUAAUGCAACGGAACUGCAAAUUCAUUCAUUCGACUUCUCAAAGAGCCGAGCCCUCUGA